AUGGAGGAAUAUUCCGGAAGAUUCGCCAGUAUGAGGGAGAGCAGAAUGAAUCAUUCCGGCAGCGCUGGCUCUCACGCCUGUUGGGCAGUAAUCAGGAACGCCUUGAUCAGCUCCAUAAUCACAGGAAUCGUUGACUUUGUCAGGAGAUCGUUUGGUCAACUCGACGUUGUAUUUCAUUCUCUGAUUUUUCCAAAGGAAAUCCUCAACUAUCUUGAUCAUGCAAGGGAGUUCUGGUCCUUCCUCGUCGAUCACAAUCCGGUCGCGAUGAAAAGGAUCGAUCAAGACACCGUGGAGACACUUCAAUUGAUGGCACCUGGUGCAUCUCGCGUCGAUGCGAAAACUGCAUAUGAAUAUAUCCUGAGCAGUCAGGCCUUUGCUGGCGUCAGUGAAGCAAGCUACGGAUCAUCUGGACCUGAAUGA